GCAACAAUUCAUGAAAAAUAAAAAAUAUAUCUCCAUAAUUUACUUCUAAUUAAAAUAAAAAACAAAUCAUUUUAAUAAAACUUGAAAAAAAAUAGAUUUUUUAAUUAAUUUCCUCAAUAGUCAUUCAGUCACAGUCGGUUUCCUAAUGCCCCGAGCUUCUCUUUGACGAAACGAUACCUUCUCCGAUCUUCAUUUCAUUUCCAUUUCAUUCCAGAAAUUUAAUUUUUUUCUUUGAAAUUACCACUUGGGCUUUUUUUUUUUUCAAAUAGCUUGGAUUUUGUAAGAAAAUUUGGAAAAUUUUACCUAAACUUUGAUCCCCUUUUGAUCUUGUUUUUAUUAGUGAUUUGAAAAAAAAAGGACAAAGAAUGGUGCAGGAUACAAUGUCCGAUCAAGAACAAGAUGAUCCCGAUGCUGAGUUCGUCGAAAUUGAUCCAACGGGUCGUUAUGGUCGGUACAAGGAGGUUUUAGGAAGAGGAGCUUUCAAAAAAGUAUACAGAGCAUUUGAUGAACUGGAAGGUAUAGAAGUGGCAUGGAAUCAGGUUAAGAUUACCGAUUUAUUGCGAAAUUCGGAAGAUUUGGAGCGUUUAUAUUCUGAAGUUCAUUUGCUUAAAACAUUGAAGCACAAGAAUAUAAUUAAGUUUUACAAUUCGUGGGUUGAUACUAAAAACGAACAUAUCAACUUCAUCACGGAGAUUUUUACUUCGGGAACACUGCGGCAGUAUAGGAAGAAGCAUAAGCAUGUUGAUUUGAGGGCAUUGAAGAAAUGGUCUAGGCAGAUCUUAGAGGGUCUUCUUUAUCUUCACGGUCAUGACCCCCCGGUGAUUCACCGGGAUCUGAAAUGUGAUAACAUCUUCGUGAAUGGCAACCAAGGUGAGGUGAAGAUCGGGGAUCUAGGGUUGGCUGCUAUUCUUCGCCAGGCUCGUGCAGCACAUAGUGUUAUUGGUACACCAGAGUUUAUGGCACCCGAACUCUAUGAGGAGGAAUACAACGAGCUUGUAGAUAUUUACGCUUUUGGCAUGUGUUUGCUGGAGUUAGUGACAUUUGAGUAUCCAUACAUUGAAUGUGCUAAUGCUGCUCAAAUAUUCAAGAAGGUGACAUCGGGAAUAAAGCCUGCAUCGUUGGCAAAAGUGACUGAUCCUGGAGUAAAGUUAUUUAUUGAAAAAUGUAUAGCUAAAGCUUCUGAACGGUUGUCUGCUAAGGAACUUUUACGGGACCCAUUUCUCCAACCUGUUGAGGAAAAUGACAGUGUAGGUCGUUCUUUACGACUUAAUCCCAAAACUUCAGAUAGCACCACCGAGGAUCUUCAAUCUGAGACGAGUCUAGAUGUUAGAGUGCAAGGUCAGACGAAAGACCUUAACACGAUAUUUCUGAAACUAAGGAUAGCAGAUUCAACAGGUCAAGUUCGCAACAUCCACUUCCCAUUUGAUAUCGAAGCCGAUACAGCAAUUGCUGUUGCUAGUGAAAUGGUUGAGGAGUUGGACUUAACAGAUCAAGAUGUUCUGACAAUUGCCACAAUGAUUGAAUCUAAAAUCCAAUCCCACAUUCCUGAUUGGAUUUCCCGAGAAAGUCCUAGCAAUAGUAUUGGAGAAAUUGCAUAUUCCGAUAUCUCUGAAAGUAAGGGUGAUGGAUCUCUGAUGGCUCAUGAACCAACCUCAUCUCCAGGUCGUCUUUCACUAGAGAGAUUGCCAUCAGGUCGAAGAUACUGGUCCGACUCACCCAUUGCGGCUGGUGGAUUCUCUCUGUCCAGGUUUGGGUUCUCAAAUGUACGGUCUCCUGAUAACUGGGCUGAACAUUAUGAGCAAUCUCAUGAUUGUCAUGAAGGCGGAGCUGACAUAAACAGGGGUACUUCACUUGAUCGAGUGGCAAAUGAGGUCACACAUCACAGUGGCAGAGGUGAUGAUGAUGGCCUCGGUAAAGACGAAAACCGACCUGCCGACAUGCAAUCGAGUGUGUCCGGGAAGAACAACCUUCAUGACAAUAACGGAACACAUUCAUCAAAAGAGAACUGUAAGCAAUUAAAGGACACUGAAUCAGAAGUGAAGGUAAUAACCGAAAAUCUCGAGUCCUUGUUAGUAAAGCAGCAACUAGAGUUAGAUGAGCUGAAGAAUAAGCAUCAGUUAACCAUAUCUGACCUUCUGAAUGAACUUCCUCCGGAAAUCCUUGAAAAGGUUUUGGCUACGUGUAAGCUUAAGAUUCCCAAAUAUGAUAUCCAAGAUGCAACAAACCACUAACCGCUCAUCCGACAUACCCAAUAGACUCCUACACGGAAUCGGAAUUUACUUCUAGUCUCUCCAACAUUGCAGUUUGAUUAUAGUCUCCGGCUAUGUUGAGCAUCGGAUAAAUGGCUAUUUAGUGGCGAGACAAGAAACAGGGUCCUUCGAGAUCCUAUCUCGGGACAUGCUUGCUAAGUAGAUAGAUCGUAUUCGUGAAAAUGGAAACCAAUUUCGGCUUAAAGGAAAAGGUUGAAGAACAUUGCAUAGUAGCUAUUCAGGUAAGUUUUUGUUCUUGUAAGUAAUGACUUUUGCCCCUUUUUUAGAGGCUCUUUUGGUUUGAUAUUUCAUUAAAUAACUUCCAUGGGAGCAUAUAUACGUGUACAUACGAUUCUAUAGUUUUCUUCAAAAGCUUUGUAUCGAGGUUAUUGUUUUUCAUUGGACUCA